AUGUCAGACGCGGCUUUUGCUCAAUCCACAUGGAACUCACAAGUUGGCUGGGUUGCAAGCAACGACCACGACGCUGGAGAAUCGCCCAGUGGCAGAAGCAGUGAGGCAUUGGCUUCUAACGGAGCUCUUGGUGAAGGACCUGAUCAGCCCACCAAUCUGACAGCGUUGAAAAGAGGUCGAAUUCUGCGGUUGAGGAACGCCUUCAGGAGUAGGAUCCGGAAUGGAACUUUACGUCCACAGGGCACAACUGCACAAUCAAAGCAACAGCGAGAGACAUCUGGAGACGUAGAAGGAAAUGAAAGCCCGGCCUCGAGCAGAGAUUUGUCACGUCGUCGUGCAGAGACUCUGAACCUCUGCAGAGGCAAGAUCAAAGGACUGACAGGCAAUGACCACCACAUACGGCGCAAGUCUGUGAACACCAACAAAGGUACAACGGAAUUAACACGAGGAGACUCGCCUCUUCUCGGCGACGACAUCAUAGCCGUUCCCACGACAGAUCUGGCUGCUGAAAGCAGCGACAAUGAGUCUGCCUUUGGAUCACUCACCCGAUCAUUUGCCAGCGCGGUUGACAAACUUGACUUUUAUUCGAAUCUGCCCUGCAACAUGUCCUUCCUCAGGUCAAGGUCGUCCUUCUUCAAUCCCAACAAGAGGGAGAAGCGUGGCGACGAUCGAGAUGAAGUGAGACGACAAUUCCCUCCCAUUUCGCCUUCCAAGCCUGCGCCUCCUGUCGCUCAGUCGAUAGCUGCGUCGUCCCCAACAGACCUCUCAAGGAAUUUCUCCCCUGCAAGCAACCCCCGAAAGCUCCACCCAGCGCCACGACCUGUUGGACCACCUAUUCCGGGGGCACGAGGCUUCAAACUGAACCAAGAGGGUCUUGCUUCUCGACAACCUCCUAUUGCUCCAUUGGUGUUCUCAGCCGAAAAGAAUGCCUAUGUGCCCGCGGCGCCCGUAGCUGGAUAUCCAAGAGGCGUCAAUCCAUUGCGUAUGCAUCCGCCUGGAGCUAUGGCUGUUGCGCCCUCGGGCCCGUAUCAAGCAGCACAGGCGCUGCCAGUUGAUCGUGAUGCUCUUUUUAAUUCCCCACGACGGCACACAACGACUCCCAACAGCGAAGACCGUGAAGGUUCGGAUACGGGUUCACUCGACGACGCUCCGAUCUAUUCUCCGUCCCUAGGAGACCUUAGCCAGUAUGCCCGAGACACGCCCCGAUCAACAAACGCCGUCCCUAACGGAGCUAGUAGAGAUCAGAUUGAGAAUGCAGCGCCAAUUCCAAGCCCUGUCAAGAAUGAUCUUCCGGCCAAAGGACAAUCUGGUCCGUUGAAGAAGAGCAGGAGUGGCCUUGGAUUGUUCUCGAGAUCUAAGCCCGAAAAUGCCUCACCAAUCGCAACCGGUAAUGGUGCUCGGGGCGAAUCACCAUUGUACCAAGGUGAUGCCAAUCAGCAGGGCAACUCUGGCAGCAGCACAGGAAAGAUGGUGAAGAAAAGUAGGAGUCUGCAUUUUGGAGGACUUUUUAAGAGGAAGGAUCCGUUUGAUCUAGUGCCCUCGAUGGGAUCAUCACCGUUCCAGCCAGCGACUCCUUCACCGCUUCGAAAGGUGAUGCGCUAUGGUAGUCAAUCGACCAAAGGUGGUGGCAAUUCUCCUACAACACAGUCGGCGAAGAGAUGA